AUGGCUUCACUUAAAAUUAUUUUUUCAUUUUUGGCCGUCGUGUUUUUGUUGUGUGUUCGUUCUGAAGCAAGAGAGUUUGCAAUAGACGGUGAAAAUAAUUUAUGUGCAGUUCUAUCUUCUGUUGAUGAGUUUAACAAAUGGGCUGAGAAAACUCAUUUUCAAAUUGGGGAUUCUUUAGUUCUGAAGUAUGAUUCCAAGACUAGCUCAGUGCUGGAAGUGACCGAAGAAGACUACAAAAUUUGCAACAACGCAAAUCCAAUAAAAUCACACCAUGGUGGAGAAGCUACAAUUUCGCUAGAAAAAUUAGGACCUUCUCCUCAUCAUCACCGUCACCACUACCAUACACCGGCGCCAGCCCCGACUAACAGUGCUACUGGUUUAAAGGUGGCAGUGGGGUUUAUUUGUGUGCUGGAAGUGAACGAGGAAGACUACAAAAUCUACGACAACGCUAAUCUAAUAAAAUCACACAAUGAUAGAGAAAAUCAGGCGAUGUCCUAG